AUGGGAGCUAUCGCCCGGGACCCCAGCACCCUCUCCAACUAUGCCGCUUGGCUUACCAAGCACACCACGGCCAAUUUCACCAUUGAUUUCGAGGAGCAUGCCCUCAAAGGCCGCGUCGACUAUCGCAUCUUGUCUCGCUCCCAGAAGGAGAGCAAGGAGAUCAUUCUCGAUUCGAGCUUCGUCUCCAUCAAAUCCGUAUCCACCUCCAACAAGAAGCAUCCUUACAUGUUCUCCCAAUGCCAAGCCAUCCAUGCCCGCUCCCUGUUCCCCUGCCAAGAUACGCCCGACGUCAAGUCGACCUACACCUUCAAAAUCACUUCCCCCUUGCCCGUCGUGGCGAGCGGCGUGCUGCAGAACGAGAGCAAGGCUGAGAGCGGCGCCACCACCUAUGUCUUUGAACAAAACGUCCCCAUCCCCUCUUAUCUUUUUGCCCUAGCCUCGGGCGACAUCGCGACGGCUAAGAUCGGCUCACGGAGCAAGGUCGCCACCGGCCCCGAAGAGCUCGAGGGGGCCAAGUGGGAGCUUGAGAGGGACAUGGACAAAUUCAUGGAGGCUGCCGAGAAGGUUGUUUUCCCUAUAAGAAUGGAGAACCCCGUCUACACGUUUGCCACGCCCACCAUUAUCAGCGGAGACAGGCAAAACGUCGACGUGAUUGCCCACGAGCUUGCCCAUAGCUGGAGUGGAAACCUUGUCACCAGCUGUAGCUGGGAGCACUUUUGGCUCAACGAAGGAUGGACAGUCUAUCUGGAGCGCCGAAUCGGCGCCGCAAUUCACGGCGAGCCGGAGCGUGACUUCUCUUCCAUUAUCGGCUGGAAGGCACUAGAGGAUUCGGUGGCGCUCUUUGGUGCUGACCACGACUACACAAAGCUCAUCCCCACUCUCAAGGGCGGCGUUGACCCCGACGAUGCGUUCAGCACCGUUCCCUACGAGAAGGGUUUCCACUUCCUCUAUUACCUCGAGAAGCUCGUGGGACGUGACAACUUUGACAAGUUCAUCCCUCACUACUUCACCAAGUUCUCCGGAAAGUCACUCGACUCCUUCGAAUUCAAGGAGACGUUUUGCUACCGCCUCGCGGAAAAGUGGAAGGAUGCUCGUGCCAGGGUCCUCGGCGACACCUAUGACUUCCUUGCUUCCCAAAAUGUCGAGCUCAAGGCCGCCUACUAUCACAUCGCCAUGGCUGCCCGUGAUUCGACCUGCUAUACCGGCGUCUCGGAACUGCUCGGCCAUGUCGGUCGCAUGAAGUUUGUGAGGCCACUGUUCAGGGGCUUGAACAAGGUGGAUAGGGAACUUGCCCUGCAGACUUUUGAAAAGAACAAAGAUUUCUACCACCCCAUCUGUAGGGCCAUGGUCGAGAAGGACCUAGGAACUGAGUAA